AUGGACCUGGCUUCCUGGCCUGAUAACAUUUCUUUCUUACCACCAGAUACCAUGUCGUCUACAGGAGUGUCUUAUACGGGGGGUGCUGGUACAUCCACACAAGAGUCGACAUCGGCUACUGGGGUCAGUGCCAAUUUGGUUGCCAUCGAUACUUUGGGUAAAAAGUUCAAUGUUCCUGAUUACACCAUCAAGGACAUUUUAAGUGCGAUUCCCAAACACUGUUAUGAGAGGUCUUUGGUUAGAUCUUUAGGGUACGUUGCUCGUGACAUUGUCAGUAUGGUUGUUAUUGGUUAUGCUGGGAAGAAGUUGAUCCCCUUGGUUGCCUUUGACGAGAGCGACUUGUACAGUUAUUAUGUUAGAGGCGCGUUAUGGUUUGGGUUGUCUUAUGUUCUUGGAUUGUUUGGCUUCGGUCUUUGGAUUUUGGCUCAUGAGUGUGGUCAUGGCGCAUUUUCUGAUUAUCAAAACAUCAACGAUUUCUUUGGCUGGAUCAUCCACUCUUAUCUUAUGGUUCCUUAUUUCUCAUGGAAAUUCUCCCAUGCUAAACAUCAUAAGGCUACUGGUCACAUGACCAGAGAUAUGGUUUUCAUUCCUCACACCAAGGAGGAAUACCUUAAGAGCUCUGGUGUCAACACGGUUGCUGAGUUGAUGGAGGAAUCUCCUAUUUGGACUCUUUCAAAGCUUAUUGGUCAACAAUUGGGUGGAUUGCAAUUGUAUUUGGCUACUAAUGCUACUGGUCAACCAUACCCUGGUUAUUCCAGAAUAGCCAAGUCCCAUUACGCACCUGCGUCACCUGUGUUUGACAAGCACCAGUAUUGGUAUAUUGUGUUGAGUGACAUUGGUAUUGGUCUUACUCUUACUGUGGUUUAUCAAUGGUAUAAGAACUUUGGUAUGUUCAACAUGGCUGUUUACUGGCUUAUGCCUUGGUUAUGGGUCAACCAUUGGUUAGUGUUUGUCACUUUCCUUCAACACACAGAUCCAACCAUGCCCCAUUACGCCGAUAAGGAAUGGAACUUUGCCAGAGGUGCUGCUGCUACCAUUGAUCGUGAUUUUGGAUUUGUAGGUCAACACAUUUUCCACGACAUUAUUGAGACCCAUGUUUUGCACCACUAUGUUUCUCGUAUUCCCUUUUACAACGCCAGAGAAGCCACCGAGGCCAUCAAGAAGGUUAUGGGUGAACACUAUCGUUACCAAGGUGAAAACAUGUGGAUUUCAUUAUGGAAAUGUAUGAGACUGUGUCAAUUUGUUGAUGACCAAGACCAUGCAGCUAAGGGUGUUUACAUGUUUAGAAACCACAACAACAUCGGCGUCAAGCCAACUUAG